AUGGAAGAAAGUGGCAACGGCGAAAUUCCAGCCAGCGCAACGUCAAAUAACUCAACUGGAACUGCUGGAUGGUACGGUCGAUUCCGGGGAAUGAUUGCAGACGAGUUAUCUCCAGAAUAUAUGAAAUUCCUUGUAUUGGACUACUUGAUUUCCCAAGGAUAUAGAGAAGCAGCAGAAUAUUUGUGCGAAGAUGCCUCCAUACCAUUCCCGAGAGAUGCGAUUGAAAAUCUGGAUCAGCGGAUGCGUAUUCGUGACGACAUUGUAGAAGGGAAAAUACAAAAUGCAAUCGAAAAAGUUGUAAAAAUUGUGCCCGAUUUGUUGGAACGCAAUCCAGGUCUUCAUCUUCGUUUACUUCAGCAACAUCUCAUUGAACUUAUUCGCAGUAAGAUGGUGGAGGAAGCCGUUGCUUUCACGCAGUCUAUUGUUGAAAAAGUAGAUGCACAUCCUGAAAUGGAAAAAGAAAUGCAAAAGGCUUUUGCAAUGAUUGCUUUUGAAAAACCUGAAGAUUCGCCAUAUACAUAUCUGUUAGAAAUGAGUCAUCGUCAGAUGGUUGCCAACGAUGUAAAUAGUGCCAUUCUCGAAGCUCUGAAUAAACCGUCUGCACCGAAACUAGAGAAUCUUUUCCGAUUGAUUUUAUGGUCCAAAAACGUGUUAAAGCAUAACGAUACACCGGAAAGCUUAGAACGACUUUUCAAUGGACAGGUACUUGGAAGUGACUUCCAUGAUGAGCAAAAUCUGUUAGGUGACUGGAAGACAAACUUGGUCCCUUGGUGGGGUGGUGUGUGGUUGUGUAGUGAAGUGGUGCUUCCGGAGUUCGGUUGGUUGGUUGGUUUGGAUGAAUGGUUCGAAGAAGGCAGAUCGGGUGCAGGGAGAGAACUAGGGCCAGCAGCAACCACAACUGUGCCCCGCUCUGAACAGAAGUUCACUUCACACAGCUUGCAUAUGUUCUGUGUGCGGGAUCGAGCGUUUAUUUUUGGAGCCCGGUUUCCAUUGCAAAUCUCUGGCCCACUGACAACACGUUUAGGUUUAGGGAAAGAAUUGAAUGUGGGUAAUUCGGAUAGCUCUGAUCAAAAAACCAAACUUAUUUUGGUUCCCAAAAGUCCUCUUUUGUUGAUUAAUGUUCUCAGUGGAAUGCUUUGA